AUGGAAUCGAACGAAUAUAAAACWAAGGUCCGUGAUUUCGCGAUAGAUCAUAGGAUAUCGUGGCAUUUCAAUCCACCCCUUUCACCUCACUUUGGAGGUUUAUGGGAAGCUGCCGUCAAAUCUUUCAAACAUCACUUCAAACGGGUCGUCGGUGAACUUCUCUUCACGUAUGAAGAACUAACUACCUUCGCGAUCGAAAUCGAAGCUAUUUUAAAUUCAYGCCCAUUAUGCCCCAUCUCGUCAGAUCCGAAUGACGUGACAGCACUAACACCCGCACAUUUUUUAGUURGAAGACCUAUUACGACAUUACCGGAGGAAGAUUAUGUUCAAACUCYAGCCAAUCGACUGUCCUCCUGGAAACAUAUCACGAAGGUGCAACAAGAUUUCUGGCGACGCUGGCAUAUUGAGUAUCUAUGA